AUGGAGGAAGAAGAAAUACCAGAACCCAGCGUGUUGGACUUCUCGCUCGAAGAGUCUUUACGCACAUGUGUACAAAACUUGGGCCAACAGGAAUUACCCCAUCCUACCGCGAGAGAUCUCUUGCAGGAACAGAACGUGCGCACACUCGGUGGAACAGCGGAAAACAAAGGACCAGCUGAUCUCACCACGGAAGAUCCCUUGCUGGACGACGAAAUCUUCAUACUCGUUCUGUACCCAUCAGAUGAUUACAAUGCCCCGCUUCUAGGCCGGAAGGAACGACUACAGUUAACACCAUACGGAUCACUGGGCAGCGGUCUUGAUGAUAGGGGAUACGAGGCUAUCUCAUAUACGUGGGGGACGAACGCCUAUGGUGGUCUGAUCUCCAUAGAUGGCAAUGACCUACCGAUACCGUUCAAUCUCGAACUCGCCUUGUUAAGAAUACGAGAUGAUGAGCAAGAGCGACGAAUUUGGGUUGACGCAGUUUGCAUCAACACGCCCAAUCUGGUUGAGCGCAGUCAUCGAUUCUCUAAGGUCCGACAGAUCUUUCAAAACGCGGAGACGGUCUUGAUUUGGUUAGGUGAGGAGUCGGAGAACAACCCGGGGGCGCUCCGGUUCUUAAGCAGUACGAAGACCUGGAACAUGAGCAAUGAACCCUCCGACAAGUAUCUUGCUAUGAUGUGGCAAUCUUUACAAGAGUUUCUUAUGCACGCGUAUUUCACACGGGUUUGUGUUGUCCAGGAGAUCGUUGUUGCACGCCGCAUCAUCGUUCUCCACGGGACGGAUUCGCUUGACUGGACAACAAUGCGCGAAGCGAUCACGAUCUUCUACAGAAGAUUGGUUGACCGUAAGAUCGAAUCGGAAGAUGCGAACGCAAAAGUCAGCAGGGCCAUUUCUUUCGUCUCCAACAUCGACAAAUGCUCUCACUGGAUUGGCGGGCACGGCGCAUAUCGAGGCACAUGGUCUCCUGCCCUCAAUUUAGAGGAACUGGUAUUCAUGUUUUCAACUACCGAGUCUUCUGAUCCGCGAAACAAGAUACACAGUCUGCUUUCAAUUGCGGUCGAUGUUGAUGCUUGGGAAUCGAACGAGCGGUUCCCCGAAGACUCAAGAACAUGGGAAGAAAUCCAAAAGGUCUUUUACAUGUCUUGUAUGAAGUACUCCCAGAGUCUGGACGUGAUAUUCCGUCCUUGGAGACAGCACCAAUCGUCACCAUGGCUGUUGCAUCAAGCGAAUGAUAGUGAGUACACGGCCUCUUUGAUAGGAGCUCCACCAGGAGAGUCACCAUACAGCCUAUUCAGAGGCUAUACCUUGAGUUCCGAGCUCAAAAGUCUCAAUGUGCUGGGAGAUGAUCGCAUACACACCUCAGCCUACCUAUUCGACGAAGUGGAGACAGUCACCGAUGCCCACGACACUUUGGAUGUACCUUUGCCUCGAAGAUGGCUGUCCAAGAUUGGUAGGCUCAGGGGUUCUCAGUUUGUUCAUAACUUGUUGCCCAAAACCAUAGAGGAAGACCACGAAACAAUCUUCAAGCUUGUUUGCUUCCUCAAGGAUAUGGCCAAUGAUUCCGAAAACGACGAAGACUACUUUCACAAUCUCAAGUACGGCGUGCCACCGGUGACUGAACAGCAUUAUGCUUUCGAGCCCAACCCCCCAGAUUACGAGCCCGUCUUAGACAACGAUUUCCUCAUGCACCGCUUCACAUGCUCGGUAGAUGAGGACUGCUUAGAGGAUGCAGUCUGCCUCGAGCGCAUUCCCAAACGCAUAGAUCGCCCGGUACCAUGGAAUCAUAGCGAUGCUCCAGAUCUUGGCAUAGGUUGGGGCUUACAGCUGGAGGAAGGAUAUUCGAAUCGCGUAUGCAUGGCAUUUCUGGUCGGCAUUCUCGUGAGUGCUAUCAUGGGAGUCGUCUGGUCGAUAGUGGCAAAAGACUUACAAAGCGGUUUUGUCGUUGCUAGCUGGAUGGUCACUAGCGAAGCCAUUAUGGUCGGUGCAGUGCAGUUACUACUCAUCUUCCGGGCAAUAUGA